GUGAACAUGAAAAUAGUCCGUUGAAGUAUUUUAACAGACUGGGAAAGAGAUCCAGCAGUAUUGAUGUGUCUGCACAAUCUUUGGACGCAUCACCGCCCUCCGAUCCAUGGAGAUUCUUUUCUGAUAUAAAGGGUAAAAUUACCAAGAGUGUUGAAGAAAAAAUUACAGAAAUAAAAGCCAGGAAUCAAGACGAAGGGUCGCCCCAACACAAAGUCAAAACUGAAUUGCCUACCGUUAAAGAUAGCAAAGAAUGUUCCAGUGUUUCGGAUUCUGAGGACUUGUCUGAAAGCAGUAUUUCAAAGACCUGCGGUAUCGUAUCGACUACAGAAGGUGUCGAAAUGUCAUCCGAUGAAGAUACCCCCUCCAUAGAAAAGGAUAGAAAAUCUGAUAAAUCAUCCCCGCUGUGCCUCAGACAAAGAUUUCGGUUCUUCAAAAAAAAUCACUCUGAGGAAGGUACAGUAAAAAUCAAUGAUUUAUCGAAACUUCACAACAUAACUACCGAGUCUGCUGAACAGGCUUUGCCAGAGGAAACUGAAGGAGUAGAAAAUGCUAUUGACGCUCUUGAAGAAUCAAAUUUAGAUGAUAUCUCUAUGGAUAUGAAGAUUUCAAAUGAUAAUAUAUUGAGAACUGUGGUGCAAAAAAUUGAUAAUCUUGAGCUAGACAAUGACAAUGUAGUGAUCGUAAGGGAGGUGCUUGGAGAUGAAAUGAGGGAAAGGUAUUUUGAUUGUAACCAGGAUAUUGGGAAAACUGUAUUUGCACCUAGUGGUUUCGUAGAUCUACGUCCAAAAAGUUGCCAUACAGUUUCAAAUAAUUUUUCCUACCUGAUACUUUUUGUAUCUGUAGCUAUUUACUUCAUUAUACAUUAUUAUUCGUCAUAUUUUGCUGGACUGGCAGCCGGAAUAAUUCUGUCUUUUGUUAUUUUCAAAGUUUACUCUAAAUUGUAUCUCAUGAAACAAAUAGCACCAGCCAGAUUCUUCGAAAGCUCUCUGAAAUCUAUGACAAAUACUUUUUUUGAAGUAGAAGCUGUUAAGGAAUACCAACCUUUACUUAAAUAUGAGGGAUGGGCUAAUGAAUAUCCGGAUGUAUACAACCCAAAAACUUACCAUAUUUCUCACACCCAGUCUGUGUAUCUUAGACUUCAAGCUAAUUUGCUGAGAAUAAGCCAUGCUAAAAAUAAGGUGCCUAAGCGAGCUAUGUGGAACGAAUCUGAAAUAAAAGCAAACUUCACCCAUCACCGAAUAUAUAAUUUGUUUGGAGCAAAAAUAACGCUGCUUCCUGAAGGUUUGACAAAAAUAAG